AUCUAGUGACUGUUAGGACAGCCAAUAGCUACUUUCCUUACUGAGGAGUUGGCACCACUGCCUGGUUGCUACAGGCAGAGACGGACUGUGGCAGUGAGCGCAUGGACAUCCUCGAGAAACACGAGGAAAUUUCAGGAAGAAGUGAAGAGCUGCUGGAGGGGAUGGGGAGAUGCAGAGAGCAGCUGAACAUCCUGAGGAGGCAACAAGUAAAGGAGUGUGAGGCCGCUCGCCAGAGAAAUGCCACCUUACUGCAGGACUUACAGAAGAUAGAGGAUGGUCUUAGAGGGGCGAAGCUGACACACCCACAUCUCUUGGCUUUGGAGACAAGGUAUUGGGUGUCUGUGGAAGAGUCCGUCCCAGCCUGGGAGCACUUCCUUUUGGGUAAAGGCCCACACCCAAUUGAUGGUCCAGGACAGACAGCAAGGAGAAACAAACACAACCCCAGCAUAGGCCUGCCUCCUCGGCCAAAACCACGAGCUGCCAGAUAGCUGAGUAUGAUGUUGUUACUGCAGCCUGAAAUAACCGUUUCAAAGUGACAUGAUGCAAAUGAGCACAAGUCAGAUGACUCUCAUAUCCUGUUCAGAGCCAAAUUACCUUUUUCUGCCGACCAGUGUUAAUUAAGUUGACGAAAACUAUAACGAAAACUAUUCGUUAUCGACCCUUUUCCCAUGACGAAGACGAGACGAAGACGUAACGAAAAUGGAUCUUUGAAAAUAAAAACUAUGACUAAAUCUA